AUGGAGAAAAUAAAACUCACCCCUACACCUCCGCCUCGAACAUGGCCCUGGAGAACCAUCGUCUGGAUUGCAGCAGCCGCAGGGAUAGUGGGCCUGGUGGGGUUCGGUAAAUCCCCUACCCCAGCGCAGCGCUGGGUCUUCCGAGACGAUCCUCAAGUCGAAGACUCGCCCUAUGGGUCAUUCCCACAAGAAGACGACCCAUUCCAGUUUAUCCCCUGCACUGAUACCAGUCGUCCACCGCCACUGGACGACCGGACUCCGCAGCAAUCAUGGGCCGCCCUCUUCGACCCCAAUCCCAACCAUUGGAGCCGGGGGAGCACAGGCCGGGGCAUCUACCUGUGUGGAUACUUGGAUCUCCCACUGGAUUAUCACAACUCUUCAGACACUCGUAUCGUCCGCAUUGCAGUUACCAAAUUCCAAGUCGCCGGUCUGGCUCAUAGGAACGAUCCUAGUAUUCCACCCAAGAGCUACAGGAGUGAGCGCACUAUCAUCAUAAACCCGGGAGGCCCGGGAGGAAGCGGAACAUCCUACCUUUGGGAAACCGCGGAGGAGAUGACUAACCGCUUCAGUGACGGACAACUCGAUGUGCUGGGGUGGGACCCCCGCGGUGUUAAUUUCUCACUACCUGCCGCGGCAUGUUUCCCUCAAAACGGGUUCCGGGACCGAUGGUCACUCCUAGCACUCCGAUAUCGCGAGGAGGCUCCAAAGAACCAACUAGAGGCCGCGGAUGCCAUGAACAACGCCACGUUCCUUGCCUGUCAGCAACGGCUGGGUGAUUUUGGUCGCUUCGUCAGCACGGCCUCGGUGGCACGCGACCUAGAUGAGAUCCGAAAAGCACUUCAUGAAGAAGAAGUUACGGGAUACUUGGUUAGCUAUGGUACUGGGAUUGGUCAGACAUAUGUCAACAUGUUUCCCACCCGAGCGGGUCGCUUGAUCCUCGAUGGUACUGAAUAUGUCAGGGAUCAUCGCCUCUUAGGCGGGUUUGGCUGGACUGCUCUUGAUAAUGCGACAGAUGCGUGGCGCGACGGGUUCUUAGGGGAGUGUAUCAAUGCCGGUCCAGAGUGGUGUGCAUUGGCCACUCCUGUUCCUAACCAGGACGGCCCCGUCACCCUCACACAGCUGGAAGAACGUAUGGCCCAGCUGCUGGAGUCGCUCAAGGCUCGCCCACAAUCCGCUUACACGGAAUCAGCCGGACCUUCCCUGGUCACCUACUCAGCGCUCGUGGAGAGGGUACUCUAUCGGGCUAUGUAUAGACCGAUGGACUGGCCAGGUACCGCACAGAUGCUCUAUGAACUUGAAGCAGGGAAUGCAACUCUAGCAGCCAAUGCUCUGGACCUCUCGUGGAGCGACCAUUCCGAGAAGCCAUCGUAUCCAUAUGUUCCAUCUUCGAGUGAACUCGAAUUUCUGGUGAUCUGUUCAGAUGCGUACGAUGCACCCCUUCCAGACGGACUUGACUGGUGGGAUCAGUUGUGGGAGACCAUGUGUGCCCGGAGCUGGAUGGCUGGCAACUCUCGUUUCUUUGCAGUUCUGCCUUGUCGACAUUACAAUACCUAUUGGGACCGUCCUUCGGAGGUGUAUCGCGGCAAUCUCAACCACACUCUCAAGACCCCUACCCUCCUUAUCGCUUCCCCAUAUGACCCUGCGACCCCGUUGCGCAAUGGAAGAAGGCUCUUAGCCGAGAUGGGCCAAAAUGCCCGGUUGAUUGUUAAUCAUGCUUAUGGGCAUAGCUCAAGACGUGACAGAUCAGAUUGCACGGAUCGAGUUGCUAAAGCUUACAUUCUAGAUGGCACUCUUCCCAAGGAACAGGAAAUCCAGUGCUAUGCCAAUAACAAGCCUUAUGUUCGUGGUCUUGUCAGCGACGAAUGA